AUGGACGCUCCCUCUCUGUUGCAGGCGGUGGCGCCAGUCGUGUGUCCCGUCUGUGGCAAGAGCGUGAGUGGCAUUAAUGGCAAGCAAAAACUCAGGUACCAUAUGCUGACCCACACUGGUGAGAGACUUUUCCAAUGUCCACACUGCCUCACCGUGCUAGCCUCAAGUUCAACCUCAAUCGCCACAUUCGAACGGUGCACAGAGACUUGCAGAGUUCUCAGGCGAUGCAGCUGGAGAACUGGAAUGCAAGGAAUAUCCAGACGUCCAAUACAGAGACUUGGAAUCAUUGAUUAUUUAAAACACAAGUGUCAGUUUCAUAGCAGAAUAACUGGAACCUUAGUGGUAGAGGGCUUCAGAUGGUGUCAUUCUUUACAGGGCGGGGGUCGCAGCGGGAAGCUUGGUGGGGGUGAGGCCGAGGCGCUGGCCUGCUCUGUGUGUGGCAAGCUCAUCACAGGUCGCAACCGUCGACAGCGUCUCCAGUACCACCUGUCGACUCAUUCAGGAGAGCGCCCCACCACUGCCCUUUCUGCCCCUACCGUGCACAUCACAAGUUUACUUUGGAUCGGCAUGUUCGCCAGUCCAUAG